GGUCGAUAGCGGUAAACAGUCGCACCGCACUCACGGUCUUCUUCCGUCGGUUUGUGUGCGUGCAUGUGGAUGUGGAUGAAUGGUAUGUGUGCUGGGCAGGAAUUUGGUAGAAUCCUUGUUAUUUUUUGGAAUAGCUGGAGUACGUGCGAAAGUGGGUGAGCGAAUAGUCUCCAUUCGUUCCGUUAGUCACCGACUGGGAGUGCUGGACGACGGUACCUCUGGAUGCACUUGUAGUCUGUAGUCGGUAGUCCGUGUGUUGAAGAACCCGUGUGGAUAUGCUUGGUUGAUUUUCUGCAAGGAUAUGCAAGUUUAACCGAACGUGUGAUUGCGAUGCUGUGAUUUUCGGUGGGUGAAAUAUUUGUGCCAUAUUCAAUAGAAUAUUUAGAGUGAAAAAAAAUCCCUAGUCAGACCAACAAAGAAGUGCAAAAGGCUAGCGAUUGUUCGUGCGCGUACGGUCCUUGCAUCCUGUUGAGUGUACGCGUGUGUUGGUGCCAAGUGAAAGUAUCCCUGCAGGGAAAACAAAGUCCGGAGUGCUCCAGUGCCCAGGUUGCGUGUGCUCAUCGCCAAGUGGAAACAAUUUGAAAGUGAAAAUCUUCUGGCCAGAAACAUUCCUCCUCCUCCGCCAGGAUGUCCAACAGCGUACAACUAUAUAAAUCGCGCACAUUUGUGCUGGUGUGGCAUUUGAUCGCCAUCGGCCAGUACUACUAUGCGAUCUACUUCGAUAGGUAUUUCGUCAAAAUCCCGGACGAUCUCAACAUACCGAAAAUGAUGCGGCCCACCGAGUACGGAGGACGGUCCAAGUUUCUGACAUACUGGUGUUUGAUCCUACAAGCCGUCUACUUUACGGUUUGCCUGGUCAAUGACUUCAUCGGUACCAAUGAGGUCGCACCACGCAAAACGCCGCUCAUCCGGAAACUCAAGGACUACAUGCUGGCCGCUUUCGCCUUCCCGGUGGCCCUCAACGUGGGAGUUACCUUUUGGACGCUGAUGGCCAUCGAUCGGGAGUUAGUCUUCCCCAAGGCACUGGAUGCCGUUUUCCCAGGCUGGCUCAACCAUGUGAUGCACACCAACAUCGUGAUCUUCAUGAUGCUGGAAAUCUGCACCAGCUUCCGGCAGUAUCCAUCCCGUAAGGCAGGCCUGGCCGGACUGGGCAUCUUUAUGACAUGCUACCUGACGUGGCUGCACAUCAUCCGUCACUUCGGUGGAAUCUGGGUCUAUCCGGUGUUGGACGUGCUGAAUCUACCGCAGCGUAUGGUGUUCUUCGCCGUCAGCCUGGGUUUCUCCGUUGGGCUGUAUCUGUUCGGGGAGUUCUUCAACAAUCUUAUCUGGACCAAGGAGCUGAAGCAACUCAAGGCCACCAGUGCCAAAAAUUGUGAAUUGGUACACCUGCCGGAAGGGGCCGUUUAACCAAUGUUGCUUGUAUUCUGUAGCAGUAAAAAAGGAAACUUCCAUUUAGAUGCAUUUUGAGCGCUAGUUGAGAGUCGAUUGCCUGUUCUGACACGUUAAGCUACACACUCGAAACCGAGAAUGACCAGUGUGGGAGCAAAGUUGUAGAACAGUUAAGACUUCGAAAACAAACAAAAAACUAUCAAUGACCAACUAGUUUAGCAGUGAUAGCUCAUGGUGAAUCAAACGUAGUAACGUAAAAGUUAAUCAAACCUAAAAAUGUAAAAGUAACAAACACACACACACACACACACAUAUAUACCUAAUCCUAAUCGUAAAUGCAAAAUCCACAAAUUCUAGCACCACCGUGGUCACCAGUUUAGUCGUAAUUCCUUGCGUUUAUCAUGCAUUGCAUCACCAGGCAUUUAUAAACAUCUCCAAAUCGAGGACAAGGAAUGAGUGAAAUUUAGAUGUGCAAUCAUAGCUACGCCCUUACACAUAAAAACAAAUCGGUAUUAGAUAGUAUCAAAAGUUUGCUUACUUUCAAUUCGGAGAGACCAAAAUUCAAAAAUAUAUACAUAUAUUCUAGUGAAAACACCAUUUAGACGUUCGAUUAGAAAAAAAAAAACCAGUAGCUAAUGCAUUUUAUUUAGAUGUCAAGUGAAGCGAUUUGCCUCCAAGUAAAAUUAACUAGUUUGGAGAUACACACAAGAAAAACAAAAACAAAAGUGUAAUGUUUUAGUACCGACUUUUCGGAGCUCAGUUUUGAAGACGAUGAUAUUUAGGUGUCAAACAACAGCCAGCAGUCAAAUUAAUAUUU